UAUCUACCAGCUUCAGUGAUUUAACAUCAAGGCAUCAACCUUUAUCAGCUGAAGCGUUGCUUGAGCAUUCACAGCCAGCAACAAUGAGAAAAACAUUCCCAUCUGCAAUGCCUAGGAAAGACAGCGAAUCUGCAGCUAACAGGUGCUUGAGCCCUUCUAGAAUGGGGUAUAAACAAAGUGACAGACUGCAUUCAUCACUGUCCCCUCAGCAUUGUUUUAAAGAGUCAAAUAAGGAGUCUGUCCCCAAUGAUCUGAGCAAUGAUACGAGUUUCACAGAAAGUCAAAGUCCCAAAAGGACCGAGAAAGCAUCACAUAUUGCUGUCGUCCUACAGCAGCUCCUGGAGCUGGUAGAUCGUUACUGGGAUGGAGCUGGGUCCCUCCUCCUCAACAAGAAUUUUCUUGCUCCAGCCCAAGAUUUGCUUUUGUAUCUUAUGGCCUCUACCCCUCCACAGAAGGAUGUUCACCUACCAGGUGGGGAUAGCCCAUCAGUCUUAGCUGGAAAUGCUCCCAAACUUCAAAGGACCCAGCAGCAAGCCAAGGGGCAGGAGGAGAGCCAUGGGUCAUCUUCCCAGUUACAGGAAGUGGACUACACUGCUGCUUCUAAUUAUUGCUUCAGUGGGACUCACUCACUCACUUACGGUGAACAAGAGGGGCACUCCAGUCCCCGAGUCCUCUUGAAACAUCCCCCUCUGAUAACCAGCCCCUGCCAGAGGCUACUCAUAGAAAUCCCAGAUCUUCUGCUCCCAAAGGAGUAG